UCCGCAGAGCAAGUGGGGAUGUCAGCUUCUCAUAAUCCUCGCAUUCUGUGAUGCGGGGAUUCUGAAAGGUAAUUGAUGAUUUGAAUUAAACUGAAAUGAAAGGAAAUUAUUUUGAAGCAGCUAACGGGUUCUUUUAUAAUGUUGAAACCCACAAACAGAAAUAAAAUCUGCCGACUGGAAUCUAUGAGUCUACCACCCCUCGGUAUGUCCAGUUAGACCAGUCCUUCGAGGCUUGAAGUGUGAGGAGUUUGUAGGGUUAAUCUAAAGGGAAUUUCAAACUAAGCGGAGGUCAGGGCACCGGCACCUAACUGCUGAACUGCUUGCAGACGACCUUCCUCGACAAUCCAGCGUCGGAAUGCAGGCAGUGGAGAUAAAAUUAGACUGGACCUAAGAGAAAGAGAGGAAUACAGUGCAGGUGCCAGCGUCUAGGAGUUUCGACAUUUCUUUCCCUUUGGAUGCAAGAUCAGAAAUUGCCAACAAAAGUUCGAGUUCUUUGUGGAGUACUUUGCAGAGAAUCCUAAAGAAGGUGGGGGAAAAAAAGAAAGAAGAGAAAAUUGUGUUGUGGAGUACGUGGUUGUUGUCAUCACUUUCAGUGGCACCAUUUCAUCAGUGUUAUGACGAUGAUAAUGAUGAUAAUGAUUUGACUCCAUAAAGUGAAUGUGCUUGUUUCUUUGUGGAGUAGCAGUAUUUCAUCUUGUGGGGUAGCACUCUCUGCUUAUGUCUCUACUUGAGGAACCAGCGUUGUUUUCACCUGAGGCCUUAGUGAGGCUGCACUUCACCCAUGAAUCGCAGAGAUCCAGACCAUAUGAUACGCAAAGAUCCUGAUCGAGGGGGUGGUAGGCGUCCAUUGCUGGCCACUUUUGUCGGCAACAAUCGACAGAUGCUGAAUGAGAUUCGGGAUAACCUCAGCCAUCUGCGGAGGAAUGUUUUGGAGGGAGAUGGGGAAGGAACAGGAGGGGGUGGGGUGCAGCCACUUAAAGGUGACCUGUCUCAGAGCACCCCUAAUCUAGCAGACAAAGCAGCGGUUGCAGUUCCUUCUGGGCCCAAGAAAGGCUUGGAAUACCACCAUAAAACUCUUGCGGAGAUUCGGGACUCCCUUCGACCAUUCCAGACGGUCAACCGAGGGCAAUCUGGAAACGAGAGUGAAACAAGCCGCCAAAAGAUUCAGCAGAUAAUGGCGCUAGGAGUGGAUGAGGAUAUUGCCGAUCAAGCCCUUCGUUUGUGCAGUAAUGUUGAUAAUGCAGUGGCUCUUUUGUGUCGCAUUAUUGAGGGACGCAAUGGGUCGAGCAAAGUGUCAGCCGGUCUUCCAAAUUAUCCAAUUAUUCGACGGCCAAGCAUUGAAAGUAAAUACGGACCUGCCAGUCCAGCAACCUCGGAUAGUAACAGUGUGCGCUCAGACAGUCCCUCCCUCAGCAAUGUUUCGAGCCGACAACUCAAUGGCCAUCAGACUCCUCCUCCAGUUCCACCUAGAGCACCUAUAGCACCCAUUCUGCCUGCCAGGGGCCAGACCCCUCCCCCUCUCACUACAAUGCAAAUGACCAGCGAAGGUCAGCAGGUUGCAGAUGUACCACCAGGGCAUGUACAGCAGCUUAUCAAACGCAUGUCACCAGGACAACCAGCUGUUUUUCGUUCCAACCUUGUGCAGCCAUCUCUGCAGACGGGCAUUCCUCAAGCCCAGACCUCCCCUUCGCCAGUUGUUAGUGGGGUGGCCACUGGUGUUGCCAUCAGUGGAUCAUCUCAGCCAUGGGGUGUGGGCACAGUGACAGGAGUGAGCAGCCGUCAGGGACACAACCAUGCAGCAGGCGUGAUCAGUUCAUCUCUUGCGCAGCAGCUGCAGAAAGGAAUGGUCUUGAGCCACUCCUCUCCCACAUCAUCGCCUGGCAGCGGAAGCAGCAGCACAUCUUCCACACCAGCUCCAAGUGGGCCGAGGGUUACCAUCAACCUCUCCCAUCCUCUUCCGCCUCCUUACAGCCAGACCGGAGCUGGCAGCAACACACCUUCCACAACAACCACCUUGCUUCAUAUAUCCGGUGAGCAGUCUCACAUGCUGGGUGCCCAGAUGGCAGAUUACCUUGCCAUGACUUCAUCUGACUCCCCUAUCAGCCUCUCUACAACUUCCUCAUCAGGAAAUUCUGCAAUGAGCGAUGGGAGCAUGGGAGCAGGGUCUUCAUUGGGCAUGCCCACUGGGAUGAUGGUACCUGGCCUCCCUGUGCAUUCUACACGCCGACCCAUGGGGUCAAGUCAUGCACCCAUCAUCAUGCAAUCAGUCAAAAGCAAAGAGGUGCACAAACCUGUUCCUCAGACUGCCACAGCACCGCUGUCUUCUCCUCCUGCACUUUCAGUGCCCAGUUCAGCAUCUCUUGUGCCAUGCCAGCACAACUACAUCUCCCAGGUGCAAGCGCAGGUUAACGUUAGUGCUGGCAGUGCGCAUGUUUCUUCAUCUACCCCUGCAGCAACCAGCAGUUCUGGGUCUGCAACCACCCACACACGCAAUGUCCAGAUCCAGAUUACACGUCAUCCACCUUAUACCCACAACCACCAGCCCCACUUACAGACACACAAUGGGGGCAUCCAUUAUGCUUCAGAGCCCCUCCCUCCACAGGCUUCAACUGUGACAGGCCGCCCCACCAUCCAGAUUCACAUUCCAGGUGGGAGUGGAGGAGGCAUGUGUAGCGGGGUAGGUAUUGGACAUGGCUAUGCACAGAAUCAUGUACAUAUUCACAACUUUGGUGGUGUCAACUAUGACUUUUACCAGCGGACACCGUCCGACACAACAUCCACACCACGCUCAGACUCUCCGGUGUCACGUACCACCAACCAGUCACCACUCAGUGUUCUGUCCACUACCUCUUCCCCCUCCACCAAUUCGGAUAUCCCUGACAAACCUCCACCCCCUUACCCAUUCAGCCUACAUGGAGGACAACGUCAGCCACCCAUCCCACCUCGUAUUCCACUGCAGGUGAAACCGCCCCCGCCUCCUCCCCCUACCCAGCAUGGCAUUACAGUACAUCUGCAUUCCAAACCCCUUCCAUCUUCUCUCCCUUCCUCUGCUGCACCUACUGCACCCCAGAUGGUCAACACGUCCGCUGGUCAGCCUGUGAUAGUAUCGCAAUCUCCUCUCCCUACACCCAUGGUGGUUCCAGUCAAUGGCCAAAAUGGAAACAUUGAGACAGCAUCAGAUCAGGGUGAAGACACCGAUUCUGAAACAAUAUCUUCCUCCGAAGUUGGUGCCACAACAGUCCCUGAAAAGCAUCGGUGUUUGUCACCCAUGCCACAACGCAAGCCAGAAGCAAGGGAACGAGACAAGCUUAGGCGCGACACCAAAGUUCGGAUAUACUCUCCACAGGCCUUCAAGUUCUACAUGGAGCAGCAUGUGGAGAAUGUUCUCAAGAUCCACCAGCAGCGCAUGCACCGCCGCAUGCAGUUGGAGAACGAGAUGGCUAAGGUGCACUUGUCAGAGGAAGCUGCUCGUCAGAUGCGACGCAUGUUGCACCAAAAGGAAUCCAACUACAUACGUCUCAAACGUGCCAAGAUGGACAAAACCAUGUUUGAAAAGCUUAAGACACUCGGAGUCGGGGCAUUUGGAGAGGUUGCCUUGGUUCGCAAAAAGGAUACAGGUAUGCUAUAUGCCAUGAAAACGCUUCGCAAGGCUGAUGUGCUGAAAAGGAAUCAAGUAGCACAUGUGAAGGCUGAGCGAGAUAUUUUAGCCGAGGCAGAUAACGAGUGGGUGGUAAAGCUGUACUACUCCUUCCAAGACCAACACAACCUCUACUUUGUCAUGGACUAUGUGCCAGGAGGGGAUCUUAUGGGUCUUCUCAUCCGCUUGGAGAUCCUUGAAGAGCCUCUGGCACAGUUCUACGUGGCAGAGCUGGUGCAGGCAAUUGAUUCUGUUCACCGCAUGGGCUUUAUUCAUCGCGACAUCAAACCAGACAAUAUACUUAUCGACCGUGAUGGCCACAUCAAACUGACAGAUUUUGGACUGUGCACGGGAUUUCGCUGGACACACAAUUCUAAAUAUUAUCAACGAGAUGGAGCUCAUGCACGACAGGAUUCAAUGGAGGUCAAAUGUCAGCUAGAUGAACAGUGCCAGUGCCACAUACUCAAGCCUCUGGAGCGGCGGAAGAAACGCGAACAGAGAUGUUUGGCUCAUUCGUUGGUGGGAACUCCAAACUACAUCGCACCUGAAGUCUUGAUGCGUUCAGCGGGCUACACAUCCGUGUGUGAUUGGUGGAGUGUAGGUGUCAUCCUGUUUGAGAUGUUGGUGGGACACCCACCUUUCUAUGCCUCAUCACCAGCGGAGACACAGUACAAGGUAAUAAACUGGAAGGAAACACUUAAAAUUCCUCGAGAGGCUAACCUUAGCCAAGCAGCAACAGACUUGAUUCUAAGGUUAUGCUGUGGUCCUGAGGAGCGACUUGGAGUCAAUGGGGCAGCAGAAAUCAAAGCACAUCCAUUUUUCGCUGGACUCAACAUGGAUGGGCUGAGGCGGCAAAAACCUCCUUAUGUGCCUAACAUUCGCUAUGCAACAGACACAUCAAAUUUUGAUCCUGUUGACCCAGGAAAGCUUCACAACGACUCUGAAGAGGGCAAGAAAAUGGAAAAACUUGAAAAUGGGAAGCAUCCAGAGCAUGCUUUCUUCGAGUUCACUUUUCGUCGAUUCUUUGAUGAUGGAGGACACCCCUGUGCUAACGCUGCAGAAGAACCAGAUUCAAACUCUCCUGUCUAUGUCUGACAGCAAGCAUUUGGAUUUUUUUUUUUUUAUUUCCAAUCCCUCUUACCCACUCACUUUCUCUAUCUAGUCUAUCUUCAGCCAAACACUUGGUUAGACACAGCAGAUGCUACUAGCGAGGUAUAAAAUUCUUUUGGCUCGUGUGCUGAAAGCUGUAGUACCCCACAUCUUAACCCCAUCCCACUCAUCAACAUCUCUGACAAAAAUUUCAGAAUGUCAAAUGAUUGUUACUGUUUAAACCAGGGAUGCCCAACCUACAGCCCGCGGGCCAUAUCUGGCCCGCGACGCGGUGCCAUCCGGCCCGCGAAACUUCUGCCCACAUUGCAGGAAAUCGGCAUGUUAGUAAUAAAAA